AUGUUGCCAUGUCACUUCUUUCUGACUACAACCACCAUCAACCACCCCACCACCAUCCACCACACCAAAUCCAUGCCACCUCGUACACGUGCCGAUGACAAGGCUUCACGUAGUGGCCACGUACACACCCACACACCUGUUCGUAAGCAAGGGCCGUCCAACGCUGGCAACCAGGCAACCAAGUGCCAGAAGAAGCACCAGGAAGACCUGGAGGAGCCUGCACAACCCGAAUCGACGAACGAGGAGAUGAAAGGAACGAAGAUGGGGAAGAAAGGAAAAGGGGGGAAGGAGGCGAAGGCGAAGAGGGUGAAAAAGCCAAGGAAAACGAGCGCCCAGAAGGCUGUGGAGGAUGCUAGCCAGGCCCCUCCCACCAAACUCACCCCAUGA